UUGUUUUUAUAAUGUCAGUGUACUACUUUUUGUGUUAGGGCUCUUACCUUUUAAACGUGCAUCCCAAAUAGCAUUUUCUAUUGCAGCUCUGCUGCGCUGCUAGCAUUUGAUGCUUACUUCCGGGAACUAUUCGGAAAGACGCUCCAUGAUCCGCCAUUGCUGUGAAAAACUGGUCCAUUGGAGUGAACGGAGAUGACGCGACUCUCUCCUUGAAGGGCUCUGGCGCCGGCGAAAGUCGGGCACAAUUUCUAACCAGCAUGCCUUAUUCCAGCAUUGAUCACGUGAAGUCAAACGCAUCUACUGUUCAACGACUGAAAACGUCCUGUCAGUCACAUGUAACGUUAGUCAAUCUGUGGGGUAGAGGCACAUUAGCAGUGAAUUCAGGACUGUGCCAGAAUUUGGAUGGAGUCGGCACACAAGUUUUCAUUGUCUUGUGUAGUUGCAGCAAGAGACCUCAGGGUUCAGGAUUCAGGCCAUCCUGUACAUCAGCAAGAGAAAAAUGGUCAAGUAUUUCUGCAAUAACAUUGACAUCAGGAGUACUUGGGACCAUGUUGUCUCUGCAUUUUGGCAGAGGUACCCUAACCCAUUCAGCACCCAUGUUCUCACAGAGGACGUUGUGUACCGGGAGGUGACUGCGGACCAUCGACUUCUCUCCAGACGCCUCCUGAAGAAAACCAAUCGAAUGCCUCGCUGGGCAGAUCGGCUCUUCCCCGCCGGCAUGUCUCGCUGUGUGUACAUCGUUGAGGACUCUAUUGUAGACCCUGUCAACAGGAGCCUGACCACCUACACCUGGAACCUCAACCACACAACUCUCAUGUCGGUUGAGGAGCGUUGUGUUUUUCAAGACUCUGUGGAGCAGCCAUCCACCACCCAGCUGAAACGGGAAGCGUGGAUAUCCUCAAGUGUUUAUGGAUUCUCCAGACCUAUUCAGGAGUUUGGAUUGGCCCGCUUCAAGAGCAACCAGGUGAAGGCCAUGAAAGGGCUGGAAUACGCACUGUCUAACCUACAGGGAGAGACGCCCCAGCGGUUGCUCAGGGACACAGUGAAGGAUGCAUCAGAGAAGGCUAAGGAGGCAGCCAAGAGCCUGGCUUCAGCUGCUGCUGUCCCACAGAAACCCCAGCAGUACGUCUGACAGGACAGUGUGUGAAGGACUGUUGCAGGUGACAUGAACUCAACACAAUGCCUUUUUGAUCAUCUUGACUUGACUGAUAUUUUCUGGGGUGUAGCUGAUUGCUGUUUUUUCUCUUAACGCUGCAAUCUGUGUUUUCGUCGGAUUACCUCUGUUCACUACGCCCAAUCUUUUUCUUUCUCUAUUCUCAACUUUCCGUCUUCUCUGUCCGCUUUCAUUAAACCUCAGGUGCUGAGCCUAUUUGUGAAACAAGUUGCCUUUGUGGAAACUUUCAGAUUUUGACCAGCAGCACCCUUUAAUGCUGAAACUACAUCAGGUGUAAAUGCACAUUUUCGUGUCUUGCAAUAUAUUUAAUGUAUCAAAUUUGUUUUAGUAUGCUUAUUUGCUUUCAAUAUUAUGGUAAAACUUGGUAUGGCAUUUUCAAAUGUUAUAAAAUACUAUUCUUUAGGAUUUGGUAACAUAAUACUGUGACUGAAGUUUUAAUUUCACCUAAGGAUGGACAAGGAUUAUAAUUUAAAGACUUUGUUUUUUUGUUUCAAAUGACCCUAUUUUUCCCAUGUUCUUGUGUCUAGAUGACUAAUUAGGCCAGUAUUGAGCGAGCGUGCUGCAGUCUGCAGCAAACGAAACAAGGCUGCAGCAAACACAGGUGUUGCUGGUCCACCACAAUACUGGACCAAUUUCAAAAGAUGACCCAACUAGUCACAUAGACACACAAACAUGGGAAAAUAGGGCUCCAGUAUGCAAAAUACCAAACUUACCCUUUUAAUAGUUCAGUGUGCAUUUAAUUUAAACAGUUGUUGUAUAUUGGUUCCUCAUGAUUUCUUUCUUUCUUGAGAUUUCCUGGGUUUGCAUCUGUACGAAACUUCCCACUUUGAAACACAUCAGCACACUGUAUAGGUUACUAGUGUCAGCACAUAAUCUAUUUUGUAAUAUUGCACACAAAUGAAGAUUUUGUAUAAACGCUACUGGUUAGUCACUGCCAGCUCAGCAGGAAUUGAAGUGUCACAAAAUACCAAAGUGACUUGUAUCAAAAAAAGUCGGAUUGACUCAGAUUUACUCUCUAAUGUGAUUAGCCUUUAACAGUAUGACUGUGUCAUUGAGGUGUGUCAAUGAACAUAUUUUAAAGUAUAUAGUUUCAGUCUGCCUGUUGAUAUGAAGCUGAGGUAGUGAUGAAGAUGACUGGUCAAAAUAUUUCACUGAUUGCAUUCCCUUUUUAGAUAGAAUUGUCUGGAUUUAUUUUGCUGUAAGACUUGAAAUAUAGUUCAAAAUAAUUAAUGUGAUGUAUUUAUGGAGGAUUGUUUAGCAUUAAGCAUUUGUAAUAUGGAGUAUGUAGAUUUAUUUUAGCCAGGUUUAGAUUUUAACAAAAAGUAUGUAAAACAGGAUCCAUUGGACAUUUAAUCAGAGUUGAAUGUUUUUUUUGCCACAAAACAUGUUUAACCAACCCUGCAAGUUAAAGUCUAGUGUCUGUUGUCAAAUUAAGCUUUAAUAAAAAGUGAUAAUUUAUUGA